AUGGCAGCUCAGCAACUAAGAUUGCCUCCUCUGCCUACUAUUAGAGAUUUAAUUCGGUUAUAUAAGUUAAGAGCUCUAAAACAAUUGUCACAGAACUUUUUGAUGGAUGAGAGAAUAACAGAUAAGUUUGUCAAAGCUGCUGGUAAGAUUCACAACAAUUAUAUUUGUGAAGUGGGACCAGGGCCAGGUGCUAUCACCAGAUCCAUCAUUAAAAGAUGUCCUAAAAAGUUAAUUGUGGUUGAGAAGGAUCCUCGUUUUCUACCAACUUUGGAAUUGUUACAAGAAGCUAGUCAAGGAUUCACAGAUAUGCAGAUUGAAAUUGGGGAUAUUCGUUCAUAUAAUUUUGAAGUUGGAUUUCAAAACAACAUCAAGUAUGAUUGGCUUGGAUUGGUACCUCCCAUUCAUUUAGUUGGAAAUCUGCCAUUUAGUGUGUCUACCAUUUUGCUAGUUGAUUGGCUGAAUGCAAUUUCACAAAAACGGUCAGCAUGGUUGUUUGGUAGAUCUACCAUGACACUUACAUUUCAGAAAGAAGUUGCUGAAAGAAUAGUGGCCCAAGUCACAGAAAAACAACGUUGUCGCCUGUCAGUUAUGUGCCAGAUGUGGUGUGAUGUUGACUACAAAUUCACAAUCCCAGGAACAGCAUUUGUGCCUAAACCAGACGUCGACGUUGGUGUUGUAACUCUUAUUCCAAAGAAAUAUCCUCUGGUGGAUCUUCCUUUUGCGAUGGUCGAAAAAGUGGUUCGAACUGUGUUUAACAUGCGGCAAAAACAUUGCCGAAGAGGAGUGGAAGUGCUGUUUCCUAAGGAUUUGCGAGAAACUUUAGGCCCACGACUAUUUCAGCUGGCAGACGUUGACUUCACCGCUAGACCGUUUGAACUCAGCAAUGAAGAAUUUGCUCGAGUUUGUUAUGCGUAUAAAAUGCUUUCUGAUCAAUAUCCUGAAAUUGACGGUUAUAAUUUUAGAGCUUCAAAGCAGUAGUUACAUAUAGAAUAAAUAUCCAACAAAACUA